AUUACGCUCGGCCUCUGUUUGCCCGCAUCCUGUUCCACGAAUAAUAUAAGUUUCAUUAUAGAAGGAAUAUUUCGAGACAGAAUUUUUUUAAUCAAUGAUCUCUAUUCCGUGGAUUUCAACCUGAUCCAGGUAAAAAACUUAAAGGAUGAUCAUCAAUGGUUGUUAAGUGGUGCGAUACCUUUCAUAUGUGUUGCUUUAGUGCUUACCUUUGCCAUGAUGAUAAGCGGUACAAUAUACGAUAUAUUCACAUAUCAAACAUAUUUAAAGGCAAAAACUAAAAUUGUCGUUAAUGAAGAAAACGUGGUCGAGGAGAUGCAAAUGACAGAUUUGUCGCCUUCACGUAAGAAAAGUAGAAUCGGGAAUGUAUUAAUGUGUUUCUCCGUUUACACAAGUACGAAGAUGAUAUUUAACACAAAAUUGGACACCGAAGAAAUAGCCGUUGUUCACGGUAUAAGAUUUCUGUCUAUGGUUUGGAUAAUCAUAUUUCAUAGCAUAUUUUUCGCGUUGGAAUAUUUCGACAAUAAAAUAUGGAUGUUGAGAUUUUCCGAAGGUGUCCUUGUUCAAGUGUUCAGCAAUGCAACCUUAUCGGUUGAUACUUAUUUCUUUUUAAGUGGAUUUUUAUUGGCUUACACGAAUUUAAAAAAUAAAAUAGACAAGAAACGAAUUAAGUCGAUUCAUUACAAAGAGAAGCUAAACGAGUUCUUUAUCAGCAUAAUGAAGAGAUAUAUUCGGUUAACACCGGCUUAUAUAAUGACGAUAGGAAUAGCGCAAUUGAUUUCAGCUUGGUACGACAAGACUUCGCAAUUCUACGUUGACGAGAGACCGCACGAAAUUUGCGCAAAAUACUGGUGAAGAAAUGUCGUAUACAUACAUAAUCUGUUUAGUCUUAAUACAAUGUGCUUGUCCUGGAGUUGGUAUCUAUCCAACGAUAUGCAAUUUUAUAUAAUCGGUCUGGUGUUUUUAAUCCUGUCAACUAUAUAUUUUUACGUGGCUGUUAUCAUACUAGGUACAAUUUUGAUAGCCUCGAUUAUCCUAAGCAGUUAUAUCUCAUACAUUUAUGAAUUUGUUCCGACUUUGGACGAACAGUACAGACUUUCACAUGACUUAUACUUCCCACCAUGGAUUCGAAUUGGUCCAUAUAUUAUUGGAAUGAUUACAGGUUACAUUAUAAGAAGAUUUAACAAAAAAAUAGCCUUGAAAAAGAAUAUUAUAAUUUUAUGUUGGAUUCUUGGCGCUGCUUGCAACAUUUUGGUGUUAUUUGGCCUUUACAAACGACAAAUAUCCGUUCUGUCUACUGCUAUUUAUGUUGCAUUAAGUAGAACAGUUUGGGCCAUAGGCAUAGCAUGGAUUGUAAUAAUGUGUUGUACUGAGCAUGGAGGUAUUAUUAAGGAGCUUUUAUCAUGGAAAAUCUGGAUUCCUCUUAGCAGACUUACAUACUGCGCUUACCUUAUACAUCCUGUUAUUAUACGUUCGAUUCAUUUGCAUAGUGAAACAUUUAUUCAUUUUGAAUUUCUGUCCAUGACCACUACGAUCAUAGGAUAUUUGGUGAUUAGUUAUUUUUGUGCAUAUGCAUUGUCUUUAAUGGCAGAGUUACCAUAUAUCCUAUUAAUGCGAAAGUUCAGCUAA